AACAAAUCAUCUGUUUUGUUUACGUUGCGGUCCCGUAUUGGAAAUUCGCAAAUCUAUUCCACGAGUAAACUUUAGCCGAAAACGAACAACCAUGAAAUAAUUAAGCAUUUCCGCUUAAACUACAAUCUCCAAAGAUCAUGCUAAUAUAAGCGUUAGUUUGAUUAGCGUUUAGUGUAAAUCUAACAAAGCCCCCAACAAAACGAUGGCCGGCGCCAAGAGUGAGGUGAUCUAUCUCGGCGACAAGGACCUGAACCGGAACCGCCACCGGGACCGGGACCAGUCGCCGGAGCGGGAGAUCAAGAUACUGUUCUUCGACCUCACGCACUACAACCGGACGACCCAGUUCCUGCUGUGCUGUGGCGGCGUGUUCGCCCUCUACCUGGUGUACGGGUACAUGCAGGAGCUGAUCUUUACGCUGGAAGGAUUCCGCCCGUACGGCUGGUACCUGACGCUGGUCCAGUUCGCGUACUACACCGCGUUCGGGUACAUCGAACGAUCGGUGGAGCGCACGACCGUGCCGCGGUGCAUUCCGCUGCGCACGUACGCGCUGCUAGCGUUCCUAACCCUCGGCACGAUGGGUCUGUCCAACUCGAGCGUCGGCUAUCUGAACUACCCGACGCAGGUCAUCUUCAAGUGCUGCAAGCUGAUCCCGGUGCUGAUCGGGAGCGUGCUGAUACAGGGCAAGAAGCACGGCCCGAUGGACUUUUUCGCUGCGACCGCCAUGUGCCUCGGGUUGAUCCUGUUUACGCUGGCCGAUUCGCAGGUGCAGCCCGAUUUUAACCGGUUCGGUGUGUUCCUCAUCUCGCUGGCACUGCUGUGCGAUGCGGCGAUCGGGAACGUGCAGGAAAAGGCGAUGCGGGAGCACCGGGCACCGAACAAUGAGGUGGUGAUCUACUCGUACGGCAUUGGGUUCGUGUAUCUGGCGGUGAUAAUGCUGCUGUCGGGCCAUUUGGUGCAGGGCGUUGCGUUUUGUGCCCGGUACCCGAUGCAAACGUACGGGUACGCGUUUCUGUUCAGCCUGACCGGGUACCUGGGGAUACAGAUCGUGCUGACGCUGGUGCGGACGUGCGGUGCCCCGCUGGCGGCCACGGUCACGACGGCACGGAAGGCGGUCACAAUAGCGCUGUCGUUUGUGUUCUUCAGCAAACCGUUCACCAUCCAGUAUCUCUGGUCCGGGCUGAUCGUCGUGUUUGGCAUCUACCUGAACGUGUACAGCAAGCGCAGCAAGCUUACGUUUGCGGAUUUGGGCCGCAUGGCCAGCACGGUGUACCGGCGGGUGUUGCGAUUGCCACCGGCGAAGGAUGGCGGCAGCAGAACGUCCCUGCUGGAAGUGUGAUUAUGCUCCGCAACGGAGCGGCUUUAGAUUUAGCGAGCGAAACGUUGUUCCAUAUUCCAAGCAAAAUGAGGAAGAAAAAUACACACUGUGACGUAUAAUAGUCGAUGGAAUUGAAA